AUGGCGAUCUGUACUUAUAACGCACGUACGCUUGCAUCGGAAGCGGCCAUCGAAGAUCUGAUUAUGCAAGCCAAGAAGAUCAAGUACGACGUCAUCGGACUGACCGAGACGAGACGACGUCACCCUCUCAACGCCGUAUAUGAAAGUGGAGAAGAACUGUUCUUAGGAACAUGCGACAGUAGAGGUGUUGGUGGAGUCGGCGUCCUCGUCAACACGAGAACGGCAAAGAACAUCGACUCUUUCGAACAACUUACGACCCGAAUCAGACGUCUGCGGAUGAGAAGAUGUGGUCCAACACUAGCUUUGACUAUCUUCUUCGUUUACGCUCCAACAUCAAGCUACGAAGAAGAAGGAGUCGAAGCUUUCUAUGUGGACCUGGAGAAGUUCUACCGAGAAGAUCAUGCCUUCUACAAGGUCAUAAUUGGCGAUUUCAACGCCAAAGUUGGCCCAAGAAGAACGCCGAAGGAACUUCACAUCGGGACCCACGGCCUACAAUGGAAUGACCAGGGGGAGAGGCUCUCCGAGUUCUGCCUGACGGACGUCGCUGUUGUACCAAAGUUUAAUACGGGAUCGGACCAUCGCCUCCUUCGAGGAAGAUUUUCCUUCACAAGGAGAGCAGAGAAAGCCGCCAAGUUCAGAGAGAGAAAUCCCAGGACUACCAUCAACUGGGAUCUCUUCGCUACGCUAGCCGGCUUUUGGGAAGAUUCCACAACGGAUAACAUCAACGAGGAAUAUAACCGGCUUGUUGAACACCUUCACGACUGCGCGAAGAAGGCUGAGAGUUUUAAAACCACCAAUAGACGCCUGUCUCUUGAAACUCCUGAGCUGAUGCGCCAGCGUGGAGCAGCACAAGCCGCAGGGAACCAAGAACUCACGUCCGAGCUCGCAAGGCUUUGCAGAGAGGCGAUAAAGGAAGACCUUAAAGAGAGAAGAGCAGAAGUGCUGGCUGAAGCUGCAGAGGCGGGGAAAAGCAUCCGCUAUGCCCGUGGAGACUUCGCCAGUCGCAAGACGAGGAUGACUGCUCUCCGGAACCCAAAGGGAACAGCCAUUGCAUCGAGAAGGGGGAUGGAGAAAAUCAUCUACGACUUCUACUCUGAUCUCUUCGACAGCCAUGUCUGCUUGCCUCCUCACCAUCUGAGGGAAGACGGACAAGUCAUUCCAAAGGUGCUCUCUUCCGAAGUCCGACAUGCUAUCAUGUCGGUAAGAAAUCGUACGGCACCCGGUCCCGACAGAAUAAGACCAGAACACCUGAAGAGCCUUCCGUCAGUACUCAUCAACACCCUGGCGAGGCUCUUUACACGUUAUCUGUCGAAAUGCAAGGUUCCUAAACAGUGGAAGACCAGCAAGACCGUGUUGUUGUAUAAAAAGGGAGAUCCACAUGACAUCGGCAACUAUCGUCCAAUCUGCCUACUGUCCGUCAUCUACAAGCUCUUUACAAGAGUGAUCCUUGAUAGGAUUGAAAAAGUCCUGGAUGAAGGACAGCCAUGCGAGCAAGCAGAGUUUCGAAAAGGAUUCAGCACGAUUGACCACAUUCACACUGUUUCGAAACUCAUCGAGGUAUCACGAGAGUACAAGAUGCCGCUCUGUCUCACCUUCAUCGACUUGAAAAAGGCCUUCGACUCAGUUGAGACGGAAGCGGUCGUGGAAGCCUUGGACAACCAAGGCGUCCCUACUCAGUACAUGAAGAUACUUCGAGAGUUGUACAGUAACUUCACGACCGGAAAUUCGCCAUUCUACAAGAACAUCAUCAUUGACGUGAAGAGGGGGGUCUGA